CGUCGUCAAGCACAAAAAUGCGUCCCUAGGAAGGCAAUAGAUGUGGACCCAAAAUCUCUCGCAGCCUUCAUCCUAUCAGUUACCGAUGACCGUUGAAACAGUGAGAUGAUCCUGGAGGCCAGAGCAAGGCAAUCUCUCUUCUCUUCGGCUUCCCUUCCGAGCUCUGAAGCUCCUGAUCCGGGACUCUCAUGUCGUCUUCUAUCUCUCAAUCUUCCUCAAGAUUUCCAUUAGACGGCUUCACUACUUUAUCCUUAUUCCCUGCCGCUUCUCUCCAACGGCAAUUCAGCAAUCUCAAACUCCCUGCUUCGCUUCUCCUCUCACACGACCGCGAUGCCACCAAGGUGUUCGCUGCUUUGCCUCUCAGAACCGUCCAUACCUCAACUAGCAGUGAUCCCUCGAAUGGUUUCGUUACCGGUGAGGAGCUUUCUCUCGAGUCAUUCAAUCGCUCGAUUCGCGACUCCUGCCGAGCUGGAGACGUCGACGGUGCCAUGAGUUUGCUUUCCCGAAUGGAGGCAUUGGGGCUCAGGCCCAGCUUCACGUCUUACGCUUGUUUGAUGGAAGCUCUUGGGAACUGCGGUCGGACCUUAGAAGCAGAGUCUUUGCUUCUAGAGAUGAUGAGUCUGGGGUUUAGGCCCAGCGUCAGGUUGUUCAAUAUCCUGCUCCGAGGGUUCUUGAGGAAAGGGUUGUUAGGGCUCGCUAUCGGAGUCUUAUCUGCAAUGAAGGACUUGAACAUCCAGAGAGAUCGCGAGAGUUAUGAGAUUCUUUUGGAUUAUUACGUUAAUGCAGGGCGUUUGGAGGAUACUUGGUCUCUUGUUAAUGAUAUGAGGCUUAGAGGUUUCGAGCUGUCUUCUUUUGUUUAUGGGAAGGUCAUUGGUCUUUACCGGGACAAUGGGAUGUGGAACAAGGCGAUGGGCAUCGUUAGAGAGAUAAGGGAGAUGGGGAUGGUGCUUGAUAAGCAUAUUUAUAAUGCUGUUAUUGAUACUUUUGGUAAGCAUGGCGAGUUGGGUGAGGCUCUGGAGGUUUUUGAAAGGAUGAAACAGGAGGGCGUGCGACCAGAUGUAAUGACUUGGAAUUCUUUAAUCAGGUGGCAUUGUAAGGCUGGUCAUCUCUCCAGGGCUCUCGAGUUGUUCAGUGAGAUGCAAGGACAGGGUUUAUAUCCUGAUCCCAAGAUUUUCAUUACCUUAAUUAGCCGGCUAGCUGAGCAAGGGAAGUGGGACUUGUUAGAGAAAAACUUUGAGAGUAUGAGGUGCAGGGGAUACGGAGAAAGCGGAACUAUAUAUGCAGUGUUGGUUGAUAUAUUUGGGCACUUUGGGAAAUAUCGGAAUGCUGAAGAGUGUGUUUCUGCUCUCAAGUAUGAAGGUCUACAGCUUUCAGCUGGUUUGUACUGUGUGUUAGCAAAUGCUUAUGCUCAACAGGGACUAUGUGAAGAGACGGUUAAAGUGCUUCAGCUUAUGGAAGCAGAAGGAAUUGAACCAAAUGUUGUAAUGCUGAAUGUGUUGAUUAAUGCAUUCAGUGUUGCUGGAAGACACAUAGAGGCUUUCUCUAUUUACCACCUUAUGAAAGAAAGUGGUAUCUUUCCUGAUGUGAUUACCUAUUCUACACUCAUGAAGGCGCUUAUCAGGGCUCGGAAAUUUGACAAGGUUUCCGCGAUAUACAAGGAAAUGGAGGUGAGUGGAUGCACUCCAGAUCGGAAGGCCAGAGUUAUGUUGGAAACUGCGUUGAUGGAACUUAAACAGAAGCACUGUAAGUGAAACUGAUAUCUGUGGAUUACUGAGAUUUAGAGGCCUUUUAAAGUUUUAUAAAGUUAACGCACAUGUGACAAACUAACUCUUCCUUCUUAUAUAAUAUCUGUUUAAGAGGGCCAAAAUUCUGCACUCGAAACUGGAGUUUAGCCUAAUGAUGGUUCACUCUAAAUAACAUCCGAAAUAUCUCGGUAUGUCCAUAUUCCCUCUUCCCAUCUUACCAAAUAAAAGAAAGGAUACUUCGCAGCUUCGAAUAUAAUAGGAUCUGUUCUCUUCCUGUGUUUUUUCUCCAUGAUUUUCUGAAAUAUGUUGCAACUGAUUUCCCACAUUAUUUCACUAGACUUAAUGAAUUGAAUUAGUUUGUUAUCCUUUCCUUGGUGUCUGACAGGACUCAAUCUUUGUGUGAAGAUAAAUGAUGUUUUUGCCUAAUGCCUUGAUGUCUGGUCUUUCUGGAAACGUGACUGCCGUCAAAAGUAUUGAAGCCUAAUGCAUGCCCAAUCCGAUCAGAAAAAAUGUCUGGGGGGCAUUUAUGAGAUAGCAUAAUUCCAUAACUGGCACUUGGCAGUAGUGCAUUUCUCCGCAAAAUAGUAUUUGGGUCACUUCUUUUUGGGUCUGGAUGGAGCAUGGCAGUCCCCGAUUGGAU